AUUCUUUUGUCACCAGAAAUCAAUGUUGGCAAGCGUUAGUACAAUUUGGGAUGUCGAAUGGCGUACUAGCGUGACUGGUUUUCGUCGUUGUUCUCCCUUUUAAAACAAAAUAAUGCCGCGUUCUAAGAAAGUUGUAAGUUAAUUAUCGUGUCAGUGAAUAUUUAGAAUACAGAGCUAUUCUAUUUUAAGUAUAUUAGUCGCUUUAUAUACUUUCUGCAUGUCUGCGAAUGAGUAAAAAAAUGAAUUAAAGAUUUACAAUACUCUUACUGUUUGUUUGCUAGUCUAAAAAGAUGACGGACGAAGAAGAAAAUAUGUCUGAUAGUGACUUUGGGGAAGAUGAAGAUCCUGAUAAAAUUGAGGUGCCAGGAGGCGGUAAAGAUCUGGCUGCAGCAGCUGCGAUGCUGGAAUCGAGGGAGAAACAACUUAAACAAGAGGCCCUAAAACAAGAACCUUUCAAAGAAGAAUACAAACCCGACAUGGCUAAAAUGAUGCAAAUGCCAAUGAAUGCUUUCCCCAAAAUGGCCCAGAAUAUACAUCCCAGUACAUAUGACAUGAUGAGAGCACCUACAAUGGGUUCCCCAUACGGGAUGAGCAGUGUGGCCGCAAUGGCAAGUAUGCUCAACAGUUUGGGGAGCCCGAUCAACGUCAGCUCUUUAUUCCCACCCCAAGCUUCUGGCACGGGAGCAGGACCUGGCUUCAACGCUGCACAGUUUCUGCAGCAGAGUAAGUCCUAUAUCAGGAGCUUGGAGAUGCUUAAUCCCUACUUUAACCCCGGAUAUUUCUCGAUGUUCUACCCUGGCGGAAACAUGGCUCCGUGGGGCGGACCUCUUAGCAAUAAAGCUGUCCAGUCCAUGUGGAUGAACCAGAUGGAUAACAAACCCAUGCCUCAUCAAGAAGAGGAGGAAGUAGACGACGAAGAACUGGGGGUUGCUGAAACCUACGCCGACUAUAUGCCAUCGAAACUGAAGCUGGGCAGAAAACAUCCUGACCCCGUUGUCGAAACAGCUUCGUUAUCUAGUGUAGCUCCAGCCGACGUUUGGUACGAACUGUCGAUACCGGACGAGACUAUAAACAAAGGACAUUUGUCUGCUUUGCAGUUGGAGAGUAUUACUUAUGCUUCACAAGCACACUCACACAUAUUACCAAAUAAGUCAAGGGCUGGAUUCUUGAUAGGUGAUGGUGCGGGUGUUGGCAAAGGCCGUACCAUAGCCGGAAUCAUCUUCGAAAAUUACCUGAAAGGCCGCAAGAAAGCCAUCUGGGUUUCGGUAUCGAACGAUCUCAAAUACGAUGCCGAACGUGAUUUGCGAGACAUCGGCGCCGGGAAAAUAGACGUGCACCCUCUCAACAAACUCAAAUACGCCAAAAUCAAUUCCAGUACCAAUGGCAACGUGAAGAAAGGAGUCGUGUUUAGCACUUAUUCUGCCUUGAUUGGGGAAAGCAACUCGGCCGGGGGAAAAUAUAAGUCCAGACUGAAGCAGUUGUUGCAGUGGUGUGGAUCUGAUUUCGAUGGGCUUAUAGUUUUUGACGAGUGUCAUAGAGCUAAGAAUUUAUGUCCCGUUGGUUCAUCCAAACCCACAAAAACCGGUUUAACUGUCCUCGAAUUACAAAAUAAGCUUCCCCAGGCGAGGGUUAUUUAUGCGUCAGCUACAGGAGCCUCAGAACCAAGAAACAUGGCCUACAUGGUGAGAUUAGGAUUGUGGGGUGAAGGUACACCUUUCAAAGAAUUUGCAGAUUUUAUAUCGGCAGUUGAAAAGAGAGGUGUAGGAGCUAUGGAAAUUGUAGCCAUGGAUAUGAAGUUAAGAGGAAUGUAUAUAGCGAGACAACUUAGUUUCCAUGGUGUAGCUUUUAAGAUAGAAGAAGUUCCCCUUUCCAAAGAUUUCGAAAAAGUAUAUGAUGCCAGCGUGAAGUUGUGGGUGGAAGCGAUGCAGAAGUUUCACGAAGCUGCAGAGCUAGUCGACGCCGAAAAUCGAAUGCGCAAGACUAUGUGGGGACAGUUCUGGUCGUCGCAUCAACGGUUUUUCAAAUAUCUUUGUAUAGCAGCUAAGGUACCGCACGCUGUAGCAGUUGCACACGAAGCUAUAAAAAUGGGAAAAUGUGUAGUAAUAGGUUUACAAAGUACAGGAGAAGCCAGAACUCUGGAACAGUUAGAAAGAGAUGACGGAGAAUUAUCCGAUUUUGUUUCUACUGCCAAAGGUGUAUUUCAAACGUUGGUCGAGAAACACUUUCCUGCGCCUGAUCGGAAUCGUAUCCAUAAGCUUUUAGGUUUGGAACCUGCUCCUGCUAAAAAAGCUCCUGCUACAAACGGAAACGAUGAAGCGAACAGUUCUUCAAGCAAACGUAAACCAGUUCGACAAGCGGCAGCUCGAGCAAAUAAACGGAACAAAUGGUCGACGUCAGACACUGAAGAAUCGAUCAAAAGCGACGGUUCUGAUUUCGAAAUGUCAGAGGCGGAAAGCGAAAUAUCCGAAGAACAUUCCGAUUCCAACGUCAGUAGUGAUUUCAAUCCAUUCCAGUCGGGCAGCGACUCAGAUGACGAUCCUUGGAAUAGAAAGAAGAAGGGAAAGAAGCAGAAAAAACCCCCGAAAAAGAAGAUUUCUGCUCAGGAUAAGCUGUCGUUGAUGUUGAGUAGGAAGACUAGUAAAGCUAACAAACCAAACGGGAGCGGUUUCCCGCCCGUAGCCCCACCGAUGGACGCCAUCGAACGCGCCUGUAGCAUGAAAGAAGAAUUACUGACAGCUAUCGAGAAGUUGGGAGAAAAACUGCCGCCUAAUACAUUGGAUCAGCUCAUAGACGAACUGGGAGGUCCGGAAAACGUCGCCGAGAUGACUGGUCGUAAAGGACGAGUAGUGUCGACAGAAGAUGGCGGAAUUCAGUAUGAGAGUAGGUCAGAAAAUGAUGUUCCUUUAGAAACAUUAAAUCUGACAGAAAAACAAAGGUUCAUGGAUGGCGAGAAGGAUGUGGCUAUUAUUUCAGAAGCUGCAUCAAGUGGUAUUUCACUUCAGAGUGACAGGCGAGUUAAGAAUCAAAGACGGAGGGUACACAUCACAUUAGAAUUACCUUGGUCUGCCGAUAGGGCUAUUCAGCAAUUCGGAAGAACUCACAGGAGUAAUCAAGUUAAUGCUCCUGAAUACCAAUUCCUUAUUUCUGAUCUUGCCGGAGAACGAAGAUUCGCAUCUAUUGUCGCAAAAAGGUUAGAAAGUUUAGGUGCUCUGACCCACGGCGACCGUCGAGCGACCGAAACGCGCGAUCUCAGUCAAUUCAACAUCGACAACAAGUACGGUCGUUCCGCUUUGGAAGCGACCAUGAAGGCCGUAAUGGGUUACGAACAACCGGUAGUCCCGCCCCCACGAGACUACAAGGGCGACUUCUUCAAAGACAUCGCCGCUGCGUUGAUCGGCGUGGGGAUGAUUGUAAAUAGCGAAAAUAUGCCGGGAGUGCUGUCCUUAGAUAAGGAUUAUAAUAAUAUGUCCAAGUUCCUUAACCGUAUUUUGGGUAUGCCUGUAGAAUUGCAGAAUAGGCUAUUCAAGUAUUUUACUGAUACUCUUGCUGCUAUCAUCACAUCAGCUAAAAAAUCCGGCAGAUUCGAUCUAGGUAUUCUGGAUCUUGGUGCUGGAGGAGAACUAGUGAAACGAGUUCGCACGGUGACGUUCCUAAGAAAACACGCGACAGGUAUCGCUCCCACAGAACUUCAUACGGUUCAUGUGGAACGAGGCAUGGCGUGGCCAGAGGCCUUAGAAAAGUUUUCAGAUCUGAUUGGAGAACAUGAAGGUUUCUGGAUAUCGCAUCAAAUCCGGAAUGGUAAAACGACUGCCAUCUUAGCCAUCGCUGUAGAUACUGGUGGUGGUGGGGGAGGCACCAAAGGCAAGAAGGAAGGUAAAAAGGAAAGCAAGAAAGAUAUGAUGUUUUCCGUGUACAGGCCGAACACAGGGUUGCAAUUCAGACAGGAGAGUUUAGCUGAACUAGAGAAAAAAUACAAAAAAGUGGAAUCUGGCGAAGCAGAAAAAUCCUGGUCUCAACAAUACGACGCUUCUGUAAAUACUUGUUCUCACGCAUAUUGGAGAGGUAAUUGCCGAAACGUCUCAGUAGGACACGAUUGUGAAGUCGGACUAAGACGAAGAACCUACAACGUAGUGUCUGGUUCGGUACUGUCGGUGUGGAGUAGAGUCGAAGGAGUUUUGGCGAGCAAAACGGGCUCUCAGAAUAAGAUGCAAGUUAUACGUUUACGGACCAAAGAUGACAUUAAAGUUGUGGGUACACUCAUUCCAAAAAAUUGUGUAGACGAUUUAAUCAAGGCUCUAUCGUCUGACGCGGAAAAGACAGAGGAAAAAACUUUCGAAGAUUAAAGAGACUGAAAAGUGAAGUAAAAACGCUAUCAUCAGUUGAACACUUGAUAUCACAAAUUUGCCAGUGUAUUUUUUCGUCCUUAACUUAUAUUGUUUGUUAAUUUUUCGAAUUUGUGAUAUCAAUUGUAACUUUUUAGGAAACAAAUACAGGGCAAAUAUAGUAUUUUGCGGCACUACAAAAAUGAGUUGCAUUGUAGUCCAGUGAAUCGUAUCGUGUGGAUUAAUUUUUUUUCUUUAUUUGGAAAGCCAAUCUUAGCAAAGGGAACCAAACGUUUUUGAUUUUUAAUUUUAUCCUUAAUUAUUACAUAUUAUAUAUAAGGUUCUUGAACUCCCUAGUGGAGCAUAGAGCUUUAGUGAAAACGCGCAAUCGGGUUCUAUUUUGCGCUAAGGCCUUCACCCCAUUCCAAGACUUUCCUUGACUUCUUAUCUCGUCCAUGAUGGAUCUUCUCCAAGUUUGUGUUGGGCAACCUCUUUCUCUUUUUCCUUGAGGAUUCCACUCUAGUGCAGUCUUUGCAAUACUGGAACUAUUUUUUCGGGGUGUUUCAACGGUGGAACUAUUUUUUCAAAGCGGGGAUCCAACCCCACUUUCUGGACAUUAUUUCAUUUUCUAUCCUUUUUUUGUUCGGUCAGGUGUAAGUAGAUCUUCGUUUCUGAUGAUUUUAGGCCAGAAAACGAACAAUUCUUCGUAGACAUUUGUUAACAAAGACCUGCAGUUUGUCUGUAAGGGUUUUUGUCACUUUCCAGGUUUCACAUCCGUGGGGUAGAACAGACAUGACAUUUGACUGGAAUAUUCGGAUCUUUGUCCUUGUAGUGUACUCGCCAGACCCCCAAACACUGUUGAGCAUGCUGAAUGCUUGUUCAGCUUUUCGUAUCCUCGUAUGAAUAUCGUCUUCUGUACCUCCGUUUUCUGUUAUGACUCUUCCAAGAUACGUAAAGUUUUCCACAUUUUCAUUCUGCAUAUUGUCACUAGUAAAUAGCGUGUUGUUCCUUGCAUUUAUUCUCACGGACUUGGUUUUACUAAUAUUGAUUUUCAAAUCUGUUUUAUUGGCUUCAGUACAAAGUGUUUCCAAUUGGCCAGCCACAUCUUGGAACCUUUGUCCCAAUAUGCAUAUAUCGUCCGUGUAUUCUAGAUCGUUUAGGCGUGUGGUUACCUUCAAUUGUAUCCCUCUUGUGUCUGAGUCCACUUUGGAGAGAACAUAGUCUAUAGCUAUGUUAAAAAGAAACGGAGAAAACACGUAUUCCUGUCUGACUCCAGUAAGUACGUCAAGUUAGUCCCUGUCUCAUGUUGAUCCCAUUGUGUAUCACACUGCGUUUCGCCUUUAUAAUGGAAAUUAUUUUAUGCGGAAUGUUUCUUAGCUCUAAAAUUUUCCAUAUAGCAGCAUGAGAUAAGCUGUCAAAGGCACAUUCGAAAGCAACAACAACUAGUAUAAUAGGGGUGUAAUAGAUCAAACUUAGGGCCAUCAUGAUAACUAUCAAAAUUAACCGCCCAAGAUGGGCGGCCAUGUUAUGUUUAUGGAUGAAAAUGAUCCUACCAAAAUAACUGCUAAAUGGACUUUAGACGUAUACAGGGUGUCCCCGAAAAUAGUGCGUUCCUUUAAGGUAUGGAUAUAAUACACAAUUUAGAACAAAAAAGUCCUAUAACAUUUUUUUCUAAAGUUAACAGUUUCCAAGAAAAAAAUUACAUUGUUCUCCAUAUAAGUGAGUUUUUAUUUUCAUAAAUUUGAAUGACAUGGCAACGUAGCCUAGAAGAACUUGCUGUGACUGUGGAAAUUUAAAGUAAUAACCCCUUGUUUAUUUACUUUGAGGUGUGAUUUUUGGGGUUGUUGGAUGUGGGUUUGGUUGAUAUUUACAUUAUUUUACCUAGCAGAUCCAACCGACCUACAAACCUACUUUUUUAAUCUUUAGAUUUUUGAGUUGCGCGUUUUUGCCAGACUUCAAUUUGCAUAUCAAAAUGUAUUUUCGUUUUUUGGUCAAACGGAUCACUUUAGAAAAAAAUGUUAUAAGACUUUUUUGCUCUACAUUGUGCCUUCACCUAUACCUUUAAGGAACGCACUAUUUUCGGGGACACCCUGUAUAUUGAGAUAGACAGUCUAACCUCCGCGCUUUCUGACAAAAUCUCUUGGUUGGCGGAAUCUCUUUCUAGCAUGUUGUAUCGAGAAACUAAGUGGGGUUAUGGCACGGAAAGGGAGAACUACUGUCGCAGCUUUACUAUGCGUAAGAGUGAAACAGCACUGAGCAAAAAAAAGGAUGGUGUCGUCACUUCACUGAACAUGACACUCUGUUUAUGUUAAUACAGGGUGUCCAGAAACUCUACCGACAAACGAAGACAGGAGAUUCCUCAGGUAAUUUUAAGACAAUUUAACCAAAUUCACCUUGUCCGAAAUUGCUUCCUAAGGGAGCUAGAGCUGUUUGAAAAUGGCGCCUUGUAAUUAGUGUUUCUUAAAUACCCCCAGAACGCUUCUAGUUAGAAAAACAAAAAUUGGUAUGCAUAUUUAUCUUCCAGAGAUACAUCGAUUACAUCCAUUGCGAAUUUAUAGUACCGGUCAUAGGCGUCCGUUUUGGGUAGGGUAUCGGUUAUUUUAUCGUAUAACUUUUUUGUCUUUAAAUUUUAUGCAUUUUUCACUUUGGAUUAUUAAAUUGUAAGGUAUGCUAGUACUAAAAGGUACUCUUGAUUUAAGUCGAUAGGACACACCGUUUUCUAGAAAAAUCGAUUUGAAAAUUUUUCGUCUCUUGAAUUUGAAAAAUGUUUUCAAAAAACGGUAUAUUUUACGAACUUAAACGAAGAGUAACUUUUACUCCUAUAAUACGUCAUAAUUUAAUAAUCUAGUGUCAAAAAUCUUAAAAAUUAAAGACAAAAAAAGUUAUGCGAUAAAAUAACCGUUGACCUACCCAAAACCGACGCAUAUGACUGAUACUUGAAAUUCGCAAUUAAUGAAAUCGAUUCAUCUCUGGAAUAUAAUUAAACGUACAAGUUUUCGUUUUUCUAAAUAGUUUUUUUUUAAUUUUUUUUUUGAAAUUUAAGGAACAAAAAAUUUUCAAAUCAAUUUUUCUAGAAAACGGUGUAUCCUAUCGACUUAACAAGAGUACCUUUUAAUACAAGAAUACCUCACAAUUUCAUAAUCCAGAGUCAAAAAUGCUUAAAAGUUACAGACAAAAAAGUUAUGCGAUAAAGUAACCGUUGCCCUACCCAAAACGGACGCCUAUGACCUGUACUAGAAAUUUACAAUGGAUGGAAUCGAUUUAUCUCUAGAAGAUAAAUAUGCAUACCAAUUUUUGUUUUUCUAAAUAGAAGCGUUCCGGAGGUAUUUAAGAAAAACUAAUUACCAGACGCCAUCUUCAAAUAGCUCUAGCUCCCUUAGGAAGCGUUUUCGGACUAAGUGAAUUGGGUUAAAUUGUCUUAAAAUUAUCUGAGGAAUCUCCUGUAUUCGUUUGUCGGUAGAGUUGCUGGACACCCUGUAUAUAUGUAUGUCUAUGAAAUAGGCCGAUCGAAAGAAGAAGAAGGGGGUGACAUAAAUUCAGAUAUCUGGAGGAUGUGCAGGAAGAUUUAAGGAGUAUUCCGUGAGAUUGAAGUAAGGGGAUUGAGAAGACAGGUACUCAACAAGGAAGAAUGUUUUGAGGCAAGCCAAGGCUCACGAAGGCUGUAGCGUCAACUGAUGAUGAUUCUUCAGUUAUGCGUUGAGAAUAAUAGCAGGGAAAGGGUCAUUAUAAACAAUAAGUUCUUUUAUGGCUCAAGACAGGCCGAUGAUUAAGGGGACAUCUUGGAUUUUAAAGCACCCUAUUGUGGCUGCAUUUUUAUUCACAGUGUUGCCAUGCUGUUUUCUAUAUAUUUCUUUCAUAAUUUCAAUCAAUGUUAAAUAUACCUACAAGAAUAAUAGAAUAAUAACAUUUACUUCUCCGUCAUUAUACUAGGUAUAAUGAUAAAUGAGGUGUCAAAUUAAAGCUUAUAAUCCAAGGAUAGGACUAAAGGUAAGAAAUUAGACCUAUUGUAGGUUGUUUGUCCGUCUGUCUGUCUGACCGCGAAUAUAACUCCUCCGUUACUAUACCAGGUAGAAUGACAAAUGAGGUGUCAAAUGAAAGCUUAUAAUCCAAGGAUGGUACUGAAGGUGAGAAAUUUGACAUAGGUUGUCUGUCCGCCUGUCCGUCCGACCGCGAAUAUAACUCCUCCGUUACUAUACUAGGUAGAAUGACAAAUGAGAUGUCAAAUGAAAGCUUAUAAUCCAAGGAUCGUAGUAAAGGUGAGAAAUUUGACAUAGGCUGUCUGUCUGUCCGACCGCGAAUAUAACUCCUUCGUCACUAUACCAGGUAGAAUGACAAAUGAGGUGUCAAAUGAAAGCUUAUAAUACAAGGAUGGUACUAAAGGUGAGAAAUUUGACAUAGGCUGUCUGUCCGUCCGACCGCGAGUAUAACUCAUCCGUCACUAUACCAGGUAGAAUGACAAAUGAGGUGUCAACUGAAAGUUUAUAAUCCAAGGAUAGUAGUAAAGGUGAGAAAUUAGACCUAGGUUGUCUGUCCGCGAAUAUAACUCCUCCGUCACUAUACCAGGUCGGACGGACAGGCGGACAGACAACAUAUGUCAAACUUCUCAUCUUUAGUACCAUCCUUGGAUUAUAAGCUUUCAUUUGACACCUCAUUUGUCAUUCUACCUGGUACAGUGACGAAGGAAUCAUAUACGCGAUCGGACAGACAGACGGACAGACAGCCUAGGUUAAAUUUCUCACCUUUAGUACCAUCCUUGGAUAAGCUUUCAUUUGACACCUCAUUUGUCAUUCUACCUGGUAUAAUGACGAAGGAGUUGAGUUUGCAAACAGACAGACAAGACGGACGUGGACAUGUUUUCACAUUUUUUCAAAAUUGGUGAAAACAACAACAUAAUAAACUUUACUUAAUUGGUGUUUCAAAACUACUUACUUUUAACACAUUAGGUACACAAUAUUACAAGGUUUCUAGCAAGUUAAACGUCACAAUGAUUUAAAAUAAUCAAGUAAAAACCUAUAUAUACAUAACAUAUUAGAACAUACCUAAAAUACACAAAAAUGAUACAUUUCACACACAAAAUAUAUUUAAUAUAAUAUCACAAAAAAUUGUAACGUGAUAGUAUGAAAAAAUAGAGGAUACGGCAACGGUGUUACAUGUGACGGUCGGCCCGGGUCGGAUUCAAUGCCAAUAUCUACACAGACAUAUAUUAGGGUGCUUUAAAAUCCAAGAUGUCCGAUUAAGGUAUAAUGGAAUCAAAGAAUAUAGACGUAAUAGAAUGGCACUGCCCUGUAACGUUUUAGCAUAGGAUUUUGUGCACCUACUGAGUAGGUGCAUGUGGCCUGACAAUGACUACGGUAUUUUCAAGGGACAAAUAAACGUUACCAUCUGUUCCAUUCAAACUCUUCUUCUAGGAGAGUAUAUAUUCGUUGAUGGAAUUUUACAAACUCCACAAAUCAAAUCUGUCCUAGGAUCCCAGUAACUGGAGGCGAAAAUACGUCGGUAUGGUAUGGUAUAUGAUACACUUCAUCAUAAAAGUCCCAUUUUAUCCUACUUUGAAUCUCGUAAGUGUUGUCUCGUAAGUCGAACGAAUUCGUUAACAAACUUUCAUAAUAUAAAAUUUACUAAUAAAAUGACAAUUAAAAAGGAUAAACGUUUUUUAUCUUAUUUAUUUAUUUAUUUUAUUUUUUUUUUUUUUAAUUUAAAAAGUUCAGGAGGUGGUGAAAUAGAUGUCAGAAUGAAACAAAAAAUCUACAUCGAAAUCUAAUCUGGUAUACUCAUUAAUAUUCAUCUGGGCGGGGUGGUAUUGUUCGAGGUGUGAAAUUCCAUAAACAUUGGAUCUACCUGUUUUAGGAAAUGAUUCCGUGUUUAUAUAAUUUUACACCUCGAACAAUAUCAUCCUGCUCAGCUGAAUAUUGAGGAGUCUCAGAUACCUUGUUUUACUUUAAAUACAUGAUCCACGAAUAAGGAAAUGUAUAGUUCCUAGACAUGAGAGUUAUUCACCAAUUGUCUCUUUGCGGUUAGAAAUUUCCCAAUCACAGAUAAACAUUAACGAAUCAAAGACGUUUGGUACCCUCUUUUUAAUUAAUUUUAAUGCACGUUUGUAAAACGUGCGUUAUUUGAAAAAUCUGUGAAAUAGUUAUAUUUAGGUAUGAUGUAUUUAUAUGACAAGUAGGAUUUUAUUAAAUACUUUUUUGUAUACAUUUUUGUUAGUUAUUUCGAGAGGAAAGACUUUGUCUUUUUUUAAAGGAUUUAUUUAAAAACGUGUAUAAUAUUGUGUUCACAGUAAAAAAUUCAUCUGA